ACGUAACGGCGCGGGGCGGGGGCGCGGCCCCUCAGGGCGCUCCCGGCCCGGAGCGGGCACAGCCCGGGGUCGGCGGGAGAGGCGCGGCCUCGGAGGGGCGGGAAGGCGAAGCGGAGGCCGCCGGGCCCUUUGGCGCUGGGCAGCUGCGAGCUGAGGGGGCGCGCGGCGGGGAGCAGCGCGGGAGCGCGGAGCCCGCCCCGGUGCCCACUCGGCUCGGUGGAGAGCGGGGGGGGCGCCGCUCCUCCCACCGUCCCGUGAGGCGGCGCGUGCUCUGCCUGCAGCGCAGGCCGAGGGUCCGGCCGUGCCCCGGUACGCGGCAGCCGAUGCCCCCCGUGCUGUGGCGCUCAGCGGAUCCGCGAUGGACGCGAGCGAGCGCCGAGGCGGCAGCGCGGAGCACGGCGCGGCCCGGGCCUGGGCUGGGGCCGGCCGGGAGGCGGCGGCGGCGCCCGGGGGGGCUGCGGGCGCUCGGUGCGCGGCGUGCGCGGGAAGCGGCCCCGGCGGGACCGAGCUGCACAGCCCCGAGUCCGGCGGCAAGAAAUCCAACAGCGAGCAGCUGAAUUGGAGCCAAUCACACAAAGAUAUGAUGAUGAUGAUCCAAGAAAUGAAAAGGUGUUUGCCUGAGGAGAAAAGGAGUUCUAACAAGCCCAGCACCAUCAGUGCUCUCAACUACGCCUUGCAGUGUGUGCAGCAGGUCCAAGCAAACAAUGACUUUUUCCAGGCUCUGAAUGACCGAAGAGUGUUUCAGGCAGAUGUGGUGACAUACAGCAUAGAAGAGUUGGUGGCAGUUGCAUCUGAACACACUCCAAAAAACACUGACACGUUUGUGGCUGUGUUUUCUUUGCUGUCUGGACGCAUAGUGCACAUUUCUGAGCAGGCAGCCUCCAUUCUGAACUGUAAGAAGAAAGUGUUGGACUCCUCCCGGUUUGUGGAGCUGCUUGUCCCUCAGGAUGUCAGUGUGUUCUACACUCACACUGACCAGUCUCACCUGCCCCUUUGGAACAUGGAGAGUCAAACAGCUUCUCCAUAUGAAUAUGCCCAGGUGAAAUCCUUUUUCUGCAGGAUCAGGGGUGGGAAAGAUCAAGAACAAGAAGCACGUUGUUACCCCUUCAGAAUCACCCCAUACUUGGUCCACGUGUGCACUUCUGUCCAUGUGGAUGCAGAGUCCUGCUGCUUAGCUUUGGCUGAGAAAAUCCACUCUGGAUAUGAAGCUCCUCGAAUUCCUAUGGAUAAAAGAAUAUUCACCACCACACACACCCCUGGAUGUGUUUUUCUGGACAUAGAUGACAGAGCAGUGCCUUUGUUGGGUUACUUACCUCAGGAUUUAAUUGGAACAUCCAUACUGAUGUAUUUGCACCCAGAAGAUCGUCCUCUGAUGAUCACUAUUCACCGGAAAAUACUGAAAUUUGCUGGCCAGCCCCCUUUUGAACAUUUACCUAUCAGAUUUUGUACUCAAAAUGGGGAUUAUGUCAUCCUGGACACCAGCUGGUCCAGUUUUGUGAAUCCCUGGAGCAGGAAAGUUGUGUUCAUCAUUGGCCGACACAAAGUCCGCACAAGCCCUCUGAAUGAAGAUGUGUUUGCCCCAAGAAGUAAAGAAACGAGCAGCGUGGAGAAAGAGAUAAGAGAAUUGCAAGGACAAAUUUACAAACUGCUUCUGCAGCCAGUUCACAGCAAUGUUUCCAGUGGUUAUGGGAGCCUUGGAAGCAGUGGCUCUUAUGAGCACUACAUCAGCAUAGCAUCUUCAAGUGACUCCAAUGGGAACUGUGCAGAGGAAACACAGGAACCAAUGACAUUGCAACAAGUUUGUGCAGAUGUCAACAGAAUAAAGAACCUGGGGCAGCAGCUGUACAUUGCAUCGAGGAGCAAACCACAGAAUGCAAAUGAGCAGGCUGUGAGCUCAGAAGUUUUGGGAGGGAAGAGGCACCCUGCUUCCUGUUUUCUUCAGACACUGAGAGGGGAUGGCACAGAACCAGGCAAUGCAUUUUAUGAUGAUCCAAAGAAGACUCCUCAUGUUCCUUCCUAUCAGCAGAUCAAUUGUGUUGAUAGUAUCAUCAGAUAUCUAGAGAGCUGCAGUAUUCCAGCAUUGAAAAGGAAGUGUAAAUCUUCUGCAAAUACAUCAUCGUCAUCUUCAGAAGAUGACAAACAAGUCCAGCAAAGUCAGCAGGAAGUCAGGGCAUUGGAAGAUACUGCUAUGCUGUCAGCAGUUGAGUCCCACACGCCAAUAUCUGCUGGUCUGGAAGAGCCGCUGAAAGACCAGACAACUUCAGGCAUGGUGGGAGCUCCUCUGGCAGACCUGACCCUGUCCAACAAGGCUCCAAGUGUCAUAUCUGUCACCAGCCAGUGCAGCUACAGCAGCACUAUAGUGCAUGUCCCACACCCUGAAUCAGAAGUGACUACAAUGGAGGAUGCUGCUGUUGGAAGUGAACAAGUUGAGCUGCCUCCUGUGAAUGCCCAGAGUCUCCCAGUGCUGCCUGAGGACUUAAAGCCGGUUGGGCUAACAAAGGAGACGUUGUCAGCCCACACUCAAAAGGAGGAGCAGAACUAUGUUGACAAGUUCAGACAGAGGGUCUUGCUCUCUCCGUUUAGGACUUACCUUCAACAAGGAAGUGGAAGUAACAACAGACAUUCCUGUGGCCAAGGUGAUUCCCCUUCAAAGCAGAUGAGCCCAGCUAACUGUAAAAAAGGCAAACAUGGAAAAUUCAAGCGCCAGAAACCUCAGAGACAGUGCUCAGAUAGCCACUCUUCUAGUAAAAAUAGAAAUAGUCUUCCAUGUGAGAAGAGAACAAAUCAGAAACAGUUGUUCUCUCCCUCAGAAGUGUCCUAUCUGAGCUCCUCCAGUCUGAAUGUCCAUCCUCCUGUGGGAUUUCCUGCCUAUUUGAAUCCAGUGUCUACUUUUCCAGCCCCUUCUGGAGGAGAGCAGCUUGCCCUUCGCCCAUCACAACCCCAGUCCAUGUCCUCAUCCCAGCUAUGCUGUGGACCACAGUCAUACCCAGUCUUUUAUCCCCCAAACAUAGGCACCUUUAUGGCUGUGUUUUUUCAGGGUUUCCCCAUGUAUGCUCAGAUGCCUCAGCAUGUCUUUCUCCCUGGCCCUCAGUGUGUUUAUCCCCCCUCUUCAUAUCCAUGCACCACGUUACCCCCAGCGCCCCCUCCUUGUGCUCCAUCGCCUGUAGCACCACGCUCUGUGGAUCAGCCCUUUCCAGCCUCUCCUCACUCAUCUGUGGAGGACCAGCAAGAGGGCCAGUGUGACCAGGCCCUGCUGCUGAGCAGCUCAAGGAGCAGCUCCCCACUUCAGCUGAAUUUGCUUCAAGAAGAGCUGCCAAAACCUAUGGAGCUUUCCAUUAGCGCUGAUGUUAAGCCACGUGCAGAAGAUAAGCACGAUAAUGAUCCAGAAGAUCAUGGUAAAACUGCUGCUCCUGAAUUUCCUGACCGCUCGUUGUACAAGGACUCACAGUUGGGUUCAGGCUCAGCAGCAUCAGGCAGUGGAUCAGCUUUAUCUGGUUCUUUAGGCUCUAGCUUCAACGAGACUUCUGGCCAUGGCACAGCAGGUAGUGGGAAAAGCAGCAAAUAUUUUGCCAGUAAUUAUUCUUCUGGAGCUUCCAAAGAAGAGGAGAAUCAGGAAGCAGAAGAAAAAGGGACAGCUUAUAAAUCGAAGCAUGAGUCAGCCUGGGUGAAGAUGGAUCACACACCUGAGAGAUUUCUAAUGAAUUACCAAAUGCCAAACAGGAUCAAAGAGGAGGUUCUGAAGCAGGAUCUGGAGAAGCUGGCAGUCAUGCAGAAGCAGCAGCCUUGGUUCACAGAUGGGCAGAAGAAGGAGCUUGCAGAGGUGCACUCGUGGAUCAGGACCCAGACUGUGCCCCUGCAGAUCAGCACCCAGGGCUGUGUGACGUGUGACAGCAGGGAAGGAAGCUGCGAGGCUGCAGUGGCUGAUGAGAGCAUGGAGAACAAGGGAGAGCCACGCUGAGGACAUCAGCCCUGUGCCAGUGCCACUGCUGGGUGGCAUUGCCACCCUGUUCCCUCCUCUGGCUUUGCUCCAUCAUCUCCAUGGCCACCUCUUAGCAACAUGAGCAGUCACACAUGAAACUCCAUCUCCCUCCUCCACCCCUCCACUCCUGGCAUGACUCUGAAGACAGUCUUUCAGUGGGAGGCUCUUUCACUUUCUGACCUCAUGGAAUGGGUUAUGUUUGUAACCUUGAACUGCUCAAUGAUGAGCAAAAUACAAAGUUUUUUUUUUGGUUUGGGUGUUUGUUCUUUUGAAGUUAGCAAGUGUGAAAAGAUGCAGUGUUUAACAACCUGUGAUGAUGAACUUACUGAUCAGAGCAUGUUUACUCUCCAAGGUGGAUGUAUUGAAGCCCAGCUACAGUGCUCUUCAUUUUUGUUCAAUAUUUAAAGGUCUAAACUAAAGAUCCAAAUAUUCUGAGGCUCUGAAAUUGAUGUAGCUGGUUUGAGAAUCUAAAGAGCAGCUGAAAUUGGCUGGGUUAUUCUGCAUCAAAUGCCUUUUGCCAGCUUGUGCCCAUUGAAAAGAAGUAAACUGAAGUGGAAGAAAAGCAAAUUAUUCCCUAUGGUUUUUUGUGAUGUGUGUUUUGGAGUCAAGUUGUUUUACAGCUUUUGAUUUUAAAGCUGUGUUUGUCAAGACAGAUACAUAAAUUAAUUAAGGAUAACUGGUUGUCAAAUACACCAGAGAUGAAAUUACAUACAGCAAUUAAAAAAAACCCCAACCAACCCAAAACUAUCAAUCCACAAGCUCUGCUUUUUAAAAACAGACCCAUGGAAAAUUUUCUCUCUCAAGGCAAGUAGUUAUCAAUUAAAGUAGUUACAUGUAAUCUGAGAUAAGAGGUGGGUUUGUAUCUGAAUGUUUUCUUUCUUGAGUGAUUAGAGGGAGUUGAAUCCAGACAUAACAAAUAGGAAAUUAUUUAAGCAGUUUCUCUGAUUUGUUUUUGUUGUGGUGAUGCCAAAACCAAAAAGAAUUCAUUUCAUUUCUUCUGCUUUCAAAACUCACAUGUUGUGGAGCUAAACUUAAGCAUCAAACCACAUAUUCAUUAUUUCUUAGCACUGUUGACUUCCUGCAUAAGAUUUAACCUCUUUCAUUGUAAUGGACUCUCUGGCUGUUGAAAUCCAUGGAUGAAAAAGGAAUUUGUUGUUCAGAACGUGGUAACCACUUCCAGUAUGUAAAAGGACUUGUUCUUAUUAAUGUCUCCAAGUGCUCUUCAAACAGGACAUGCUUGGCUGAAAACCUGGUAAAUUUUGUCUGAUUUCCCCUCUGUUUAACAAGAGCUGGAUGUAAUCAGAUUUUCCUUGUGAUGUUAUUACUCACCUUAGCUUUCUCAGCAAAGAGUUUAAGAAUGUAACAUGUUAUUUACCCUUUUGUUCUGUGUAAUCCUUUUGCUGCUGUGUGAAAUAUUUUCAUUUCUCUAGUUUCAGUUACUGGUAAGCUUCAAGUAAAAUACUGUGAUCUGCAGGUCAUUGAAGGAAAACUAUAUUUAUCUAAAGGCUUCUUUACUUGUAAAAGUCAAUCCAGUGACAAUCUUUCUUGUUAAAGAUUAUUUUAAGGAAAGUUAUUUUUACAGAAUUUUGAGUUUUCAAGGCUAAUUUGACUCAGGCAGCGUUCUUUUUAUGGCUUUGGGGGUUUUUCAGUGUUUUUGCCUGCUCUGUUUAUACCUGUUGGUUUUUAUUUAUUCUUAAGCUACAUUUCUUGUCUUUCAGAUUUUUCAGCUUGAACUUGUUUUUCUUUUUUCUUGUGUUGUAAAUCAGCAGAGUUCCACGCAUCCUCAGUACUGCUUGUGUUCAAAUUUCAAACACCUCUUAAAAUAAGUGAUUUCAGUAGGUGUUUACAUGUAGCAGGUCAUGUAUUCAAGUAGGAAGAUGUGGGAAAUAUCUUACACCUUUCCUAGUCUUUUUACAGCAUUUUCCAAACAUGCUAUUCUGCUUUAUAAAGCACACUGCCUAAAAUAUUUGCUCUAAAACAUGUAAUCAGAUACUUUGUGUAGGGGUUCUUUCUUGAUUGGCAAGCUUCUUAAUUAAUUUCUCUGUCAAAUUAGACUUAUUCACUAGAAUUCAUUCUACUUAGCUGUGCUUAAAUUGAAAUGAUUGCCUCAAUGCAUUUUGAGAUUGAGUGAAAUAGAUUAAAUUGAAUAUUUCAGGUAAGGAUAGCUGUCUCUUCAAAACAGCUUGGAACCCUAAGCCAGAAAGAAAGUUAUGAUAACAGUAGACUCUUUUGUGUACAUUAUUUUUAUUUCCUGAGUUUGAAAGUUUUGUUCAUUUCCCAAGUAUGAAAAUGAGCUGAUUUGCAAUGUCUUAGCAGGCAGAUGUCAUCUCUUUUGUAAAACAGUGAGACAGUUCAGGGGAAUGGCAAUAUGUACCUAACACUUGAAUAAUGCUUUUGAUCCAUAGGUCCAUGAACAUGUCAAAAAGAUGACUUUUAUUAUCCCAGCUGUAUAAAAAGAGGCAGAGACACAAAGCUGCAAACCCACAGUUUAUUCCAAAGUCAGGAGUAAAAUCUGGGAGUCUUCACUUGCUGUAUCCUGUGCUGUCUUUGCUACAAGUGAUCCAGAGUCUGUAUGUAGAAACCUGAUCAUGUUACCUGUGUUUCUUGUUUGGAGAUGUUAACCUUUCUUGUACCCUUGCUGCUGUGAAUUUGUGCCCAUAGAAUCAUUGAGCAACAGCCCAGAGAGUUUUUGAAUUGCUGUGAAUCCCACAGAGCCUCUGGCCAUAUAUAAUGAAAAUUCAUGUGCCUAGGAGUUUGAAUUCCAAGUUUGUAAUCCUGGCUAAAUCUUAAAUGCAGGAUCCCUUCUCUGGGGCUACACAUUUCCUGGGUUAUGGAAAAAUUAUAGUAUAGGAGAAUAAUGUCAGAGGAGUGAACAGAUGAAUCAGUGCCCUGUGUGAUAGGACAAUUAUUUGCCCAAAAAUCAAAUGGUCUUGGCUGCAAACUCAGCAGGUUUUAUCCCCUGAGUAUAAAAAACCCCCAAACUUUCCCAAGGUACUCUUUACCCUGCUAGAACCACACUUCAUCUUGCAAUGAAAUGCCUUAUCAAGCCUUUGACCUCAUUUCCAUAAGUUUUCAGGAACUGGCAGUUUUUACUUCAGCUUGUUCUCAUCUUUCAGUCUCUGUAGUGUGCUGGAGCGAUCACAGCAAGAUGCACUUGUGAUCAGAAAGGCCAGUGGAGGGAGUGUUGCAGCUGGAUUUGCACCUGCUGUUUUGUUUCUGUGGCUUUGUUUUGCCUGGCAAAAUGUUGCAGACAGUUUAGAGCUGCUUGGAAAAAUCACUUUUUUAGUGGUCAGAGGGAAAACAUGCUGGUACAGCACUGAUGCAGUUACUGCCCCCUGUGGGGGUGUCAGCAGUUUGGAAACCCUCAGAGGAUUUCGCUGGCAAUCUUUUUUUUUUGUUGUUGUUGUUGUAUUCAUAAAUGUAGAAUUAUGUUUUUAAAAGAUGAGUUGUUGUGCAGAUAUUUUCAUGGCAUUGCUAUGAACAGAAGGGACCCUCAUGUAUUUUUACAGUGUGGUAAAUACUUGCUGAAUGAGUAAUGUAUUGGUAAGUUUAUCUUCCAGCUGAAUCCAGUUUUGAAUCACAAUUGAAUGAAUUUUUACAUCAGUUGGUAGGAGUAUUUUAUUGAAACAAUAUUCAGCUGUGGUUGAAUUUACAGUUGUGAUUUUAACUGUACACUUUAAAGGAGCAUCUGAUUUUAUAAAUAAAACUGAAAAAUGUACU